AAUGGCGAUGGCGGUGAACUUUAUCUUUUUAGUCAUUCAUUCCACUUCGCCAACUUCUCUAGUUCCACAAUGGAGAUUGAUGAUGAAGAUCAACGGUUACCUCUUCUACAAAGCUCACUGUCUUCUGUUCCUCUCGCAGAAUCGGAGCACGCCGUUGGUGGAGGAGACUCUAUAGCUCCCUCGAUGUCGUUGAUUGAGUGUUAUGAAUCUGAAUCUAGGUCAGUUGAAUCACAUCACCGGCUUGCAUCUCUUGAUGUCUUUCGAGGCCUCACCAUCGCUCUCAUGAUUUUAGUGGAUGAUGCUGGAGGAGCUUUCCCGAUAAUAAACCACGCUCCAUGGUUCGGUCUGACACUUGCGGACUUUGUUAUGCCAUUUUUUCUUUUUAGUGUUGGAAUUUCCAUCAGUUUGACAUUCAAGAAAACCUCCAGAAAACAAUUAGCUACGAGGAAAGCCUUUCUGAGAGCUAUUAAGCUUUUCUUGUUGGGCGUCUUAUUGCAAGGUGGUUAUUUCCAUGGGCGUGGGAAUUUAUCUUAUGGAGUUGAUGUUACCAAAAUUAGGUGGAUGGGUGUGCUACAGAGGAUUUCAAUGGGAUAUCUAGUGGCUUCGGCUUUCGAGAUUUGGCUAGUUCGAGAUAUAGCAGUUGAUUCAGCAGUAACAUUUGUGAAAAGACAUUAUAUUCAGUGGAUCUUCACCGUCUUGCUCAGCUUGGUUUACAUGUGCUUAGUUUAUGGCCUAUAUGUUCCAAGCUGGACUUUUCAAGCUCCAAAUGCAAACAACAGCUCUUCAGUUUUGAAAAAUAUAUCUGAUACACAAACUGUGCAAUGUGGAGUAAGGGGAAGUCUCGACCCUCCUUGUAAUGCGGUUGGCUUAGUUGAUAGAUUUUUUCUAGGUGUACAACAUCUUUACCAACAUCCAGUUUACAGAAGGACAAAGGAUUGCAGCAUCAAAUCUCCUGAUUAUGGACCUCUCCCACCAAAUUCACCAGCAUGGUGUCUUGCCCCAUUUGACCCCGAGGGCAUCUUAAGCUCUAUGAUGGCUUCCGUCACAUGCUUUGUUGGUGUGCAUUAUGGACACAUUGUUUUGCAUUUUAAGGGACAUAUGCAGAGGCUGUGUUUGUGGUCAAUUGGGUCCUUCCCUCUACUAAUCUUAGGCUUUACUUUGAAUGUAUUAGGUAUUCCAAUAUCUAAACCGCUCUACACACUGAGUUAUAUGUGCAUUACAGCUGGGGUAUCGGGUUUGUUGUUAACAGUUAUCUUUUACAUAGUUGACAUCAAACAUAUAACAAAACCCACAAGAGUGUUCCAGUGGAUGGGAAUGAAUGCUCUCAUCAUUUAUGCUUUAGCUGCAUGUGAAAUUUUCCCAGCUGCAGUGCAAGGUUUCUAUUGGCAUUCACCUGAAAACAACCUGGUUGAUGGGACAGAGAAGUUGUUGCAGGUUAUGCUUCAUUCAGAAAAGUGGGGUACCCUUAUAUUUGUACUGUUUGAGAUAUUAUUUUGGGGUCUUGUUGCUGGCGUCCUGCAUUUCAGGAGGAUAUACAUAAAACUAUAGAAUAAUAGUUAUAUAGUUUGUAAAUAUAUAAUAAAUAAAUAAGUAAUAA